UUAGUCGUUUCAUGUUCAAUGCAUCAAGUCAGUGUGGUUUUGCGUGUGUUUCUUCUCGCAGCCAUUGUUAGUUGAUUUCUGUUCGUUUUUCAGAGUGAACUGAUCAUUGAUUUUGAUAAAGUUAAUCUCGAUAAGAGACAAAAAAGAUGGGAGAUUCUGAAGAAGAAAAUGAGAAAGAUUUGGCAUCUGGCCUUAACAUUACCGGCUUCCUCUUCGGUAAUAUCGAUGAUAAUGGUCAGCUGGAGGAUGAUAUUUUGGAUCCUGAAGCCAAACAACAAUUGGCUUCACUUAGUCGCCUUGGAUUAAGUUCUUUCAUUAGCGAAAUGAUACAAAAUGAAUCAGCCACUGAGGACAAAAAAGAUAAUGGAACUGAAUAUGAAAACGAGAAUCAAAUCAAAGUUGGAAAUGAUAAGGAUAUGGAUUGUGUUGUAAAGUUACCUACUGCUGAAGAUUUUUCUGAUAUAAACGAGUUGGCAGAUGAUAUAAAUGAUGAAGCUCUUAAGAAUAUUGAUUUUGACAAAAAAGAUAAAGAAAAUGCUGAUUAUGAUGCUGACGAUGAAGAAGUUGUCAGUAAAUUAGAUAAACAAUUGAUGCCUCCUCCACCUGUACCUGAAGAAAAGGAAAUUUUAACUGAGGAAGAGGCAGAAGCAGUACGUCAACGUAAACUGGAGACACCCCUUGCAGCUAUGUUGCCUUCUAAAUAUGCUAAUACUGAUGUUACUGAAUUAUUUCCGGAUUUCCGUACCAACAAAGUUCUCAGAUUCUCUAGAUUGUUCGGUCCAGGAAAACCAAGUAGCCUGCCACAGAUUUGGAGAGGUGUAAGAAAACGACGUAAGAAGAGAAAACAUCAUGAUAUCAGAGACUCUGAUUCUGGUUCUGAUCAGGAGGACAGGAGGACUAAAUUUAAAGGUUGGAUUAUGAAUUAUGGUCCUGAACCAAGUAUAGAUAUGUGCCGUUCAGAUGAUGAGGCCAAGCUGCUUUUACCUGUGGAAGACAAGGAGCAAACUGGUAAGACAGGUGAUACUGGAGAAAAUGGCGAUAUGGGUCCUAAAGUAGCUGACUGGAGAUUUGGGCCUGCACAACUUUGGUAUGAUAUGCUGGAAGUUCCAGAGACUGGAGAUGGUUUCAACUAUGGCUUUAAGUUGGUUGAAAAAGAGCAAUCAGAAGAGCAAGAAAAUGACAAAUCUAAAAACAAGUUUAAGAAUGAGGAAAAUAUUAAAGACGAGGAAUUCGCAGACGAUGCAUUUUUAAUGGUAUCACAGUUGCAUUGGGAAGAUGAUGUUGUCUGGAACGGAGACGAUAUAAAGCAUAAAGUAAUGCAAAAGUUGAAUAGCAAAAACAAUGCGGCUGGUUGGGUACCUUCAAGUGGCAAUAGAACUGCACAAGCUUUCAGCCAACCAGGAAAAGGUGCUCCUGUCACUGUGGUACCCAACGUCAGGCUAGCCACUUCACAAAUCACAACGCCACUUCAUAUGCAGUCACAAAAGAAUAAAAUGAAUAUGGGCAAAGGUAGUCAACAGCAACAGCGUGAGGAGAAUUACGACGACACCUGGUACUCUAUAUUUCCAGUGGAGAACGAGGAACUUGUGUACGGCUUAUGGGAGGAAGAAGUAAUAUGGGAUCCAGAGAACAUGAAGAAGUUCCCCAAGCCGAAGAUACUCACAUUGGACCCUAACGACGAAAAUAUCGUAUUGGGCAUACCAGACGACAUAGACCCGGCUCUUCUUCAUAAGGAUAACGGGCCACAGCCCAAAGUGAAGAUUCCGCAUCCACACGUCAAGAAAAGCAAGCUAUUGUUGGGCAAAGCGGGUGUCAUUAACGUUCUAGAGGAGGAUACACCUCCUCCACCGCCUAAGUCGCCCGAUAGGGAUCCGUUUAACAUAUCAAAUGAUACAUACUACAUGCCCAGAUCAUCGGAAACUACGUUAAGACUAAAAGUCGGCGGCGGCAAUUUAAUACAGCACAGCACUCCAGUGGUGGAGUUACGUGUUCCUUUCGUACAAACACACAUGGGUCCAAUGCGAUUGAGGAACUUCCACAGACCGCCAUUACGAAGGUUCAGCCAUGGUCCAUUGGCUCAUCCAGGACCACAUUCUGUUUUGCCUUUAUUGAAAAACAUUAAAAAGAAAGCUAAGCAACGAGAACAAGAAAGAAUUUCUUCCGGCGGAGGCGACGUAUUUUUCAUGAGAACACCCGAGGAUUUGACGGGUCGGGAUGGCGAGUUGGUGCUUAUCGAGUUCUCCGAAGAGCAUCCUCCGCUCAUGAAUCAGGUCGGCAUGUGUUCGAAAGUGAAGAACUAUUACAAGAGACGAGCCGGCAAAGAUCAAGGUCCGCAGACGUACAAAUACGGGGAAACAGCCUACGCUCACACUAGCCCUUUCCUUGGCAUACUCACUCCUGGCCAAAGUAUACAAGCGGUUGAGAAUAAUAUGUACAGAGCGCCCAUCUACGAGCACAAAAUCCCCGAAACCGAUUUCUUGGUUAUAAGAACGAGGCAACAAUAUUAUAUCAGAGAGGUGGAUGCAUUAUUUGUCGCCGGACAAGAAUGUCCCUUGUAUGAAGUUCCAGGACCCAACUCAAAAAGAGCGAACAACUUCGUCCGCGACUUCCUACAAGUGUUCAUUUACAGACUAUUUUGGAAAUCACGCGACACUCCUCGACGGAUUAAGAUGGACGACAUAAAGAAAGCCUUUCCAUCCCACAGCGAGAGUAGCAUUAGGAAAAGGUUAAAACUAUGCGCAGACUUUAAAAGAACUGGAAUGGAUUCUAACUGGUGGGUGAUAAAACCAGACUUUAGAUUACCAACGGAAGAAGAGAUACGCGCUAUGGUGUCGCCGGAGCAGUGUUGUGCUUAUUUUAGCAUGAUCGCGGCAGAACAACGGUUGAAAGACGCUGGAUAUGGCGAGAAGUUUCUUUUCACGCCGCAGGACGACGACGAUGAAGAGAUGCAGCUCAAAAUGGACGAUGAAGUAAAAGUAGCACCGUGGAAUACGACGCGUGCCUACAUUCAGGCCAUGAAAGGAAAGUGCCUGCUUCAACUGGCAGGUCCAGCUGAUCCAACUGGUUGCGGUGAAGGCUUCUCUUACGUCAGAGUGCCGAAUAAGCCCACUAUCAGCAAGGAGGAACAAGAAGCUCAACCGAAGAGAACCGUAACUGGUACAGACGCGGACUUGAGAAGACUGUCUUUGAACAACGCGAAAGCGUUGCUGCGUAAAUUUGGUGUACCUGAAGACGAGAUUAAGAAGCUAUCGCGUUGGGAGGUAAUCGAUGUGGUGCGAACUUUGUCGACGGAGAAAGCAAAGGCUGGUGAAGAAGGCAUGACCAAGUUCUCGCGUGGUAAUCGUUUUUCUAUCGCCGAACAUCAGGAACGGUACAAGGAAGAAUGUCAGCGUAUAUUUGACCUGCAGAAUCGUGUGUUAUCAUCGAACGAAGUUCUAAGUACAGACGAAGGUGAGAGCUCCGAGGAAGAUAGCUCGGACAUCGAAGAGAUGGGCAAAAAUAUCGAAAAUAUGUUAUCGAACAAAAAGACCAGCACGCAGCUGUCGUUGGAGAGAGAAGAACAGCAACGGCAUGAGCUGCGUAAGAUGUUAAUGGGCGAAGCACAAGAACAGGAGAAAAAAGGUAAAGAGAGCAAGAAGAAAGACGACGAGGAAGACAGUCCGGUUAACAAUUUCAACGCGCAACAAGGCCGCGUACUAAAAAUCUACCGCACUUUCCGCAAUCCGGAGGGCAAAGAAUUCACGCGAGUCGAGCUAGUAAGAAAGCCCGCUGUGAUUGACACGUACAUCAAGAUCCGUAACUCGAAGGACGAGACGUUCAUCAAGCAAUUCGCCACGUUGGACGAUGCUCAAAAGGAGGAGAUGAAACGAGAGAAGCGCCGUAUACAGGAACAAUUGCGUCGGAUUAAGCGAAAUCAAGAGAGAGAACGUAUGUUGGGUGGACCGAUUGUGAUGAGCGGCAGUGGUGUUAGCGGCGGUGGUGCUGCCAGUGGCAGCAGUUCGAGCAGUGCCUUCGACCGCAACAGUUCCAAUAUUCCGUCCAUUCCCACAUCUACGACCAGUAUCCUUCCGUUCUGUAAUUUCCAAUCUUCCAACUCCACAUCCUCUAAACAUCCUAAACAGGAGGUAUCCCCUCCCAAACGUAAAAAACCUAAACUCAAACCAGAUCUUAAGCUUAAAUGUGGCGCCUGCGGCAACGUCGGCCACAUGCGUACGAAUAAAGCUUGUCCUCUUUAUCAGAACAGCAUUACCAAUACUGCACCGGUGAAUGUUGCCAUGACCGAGGAACAGGAAGAGGAAAUCGAGAAGCAGUUGAACACCGAUGAUCAGGAUCUGGUUAAUGUCGAUGGUACCAAGGUGAAAUUAUCAUCGAAGCUGAUUAAGCACGCUGAAGAAAUGAAGAGACGUACGUUGCUGCUCAAAGUACCCAAGGAGGCAGUGAAUUCGAAGAAACGUAGAAAACCGCCUACCGACGAUCAUUGUGAUUAUUUGAAACGCCAUCAGAGGCCGGUUAAUAGACGCAGAACGGACCCUGUGGUCGUAAUGUCGACGAUACUGGAAAGUAUCGUAAACGAAAUGAGGGACAUGCCGGACGUGCAGCCAUUCCUGUUUCCUGUGAAUGCUAAGGCCGUACCCGAUUACUACAAGAUCAUACAAAGACCUAUGGACCUGCAGACUAUACGAGAGAAUUUACGGAUGAAGAAAUAUCAAAGUAGAGAAGAUUUCCUAGCGGACGUUAAUCAAAUUGUGGAGAAUUCGAAACUUUACAACGGAACAAAGAGUUCAUUGACUGUAGCAGCUACGAGAAUGUUAGAGAUGUGCGGCGCGAGACUCUUCGAGAGGGAUGACCGUCUAAUGAGAUUAGAGAAGGCUAUUAAUCCUCUUUUAGACGACAACGAUCAAGUUGCCUUUACUUUCAUCUUGGACACUGUAGUCAACAACAAACUGAAAUCCAUGUCGGAAAUAUGGCCGUUCGCGAAACCCGUCAAUAAAAAGAUGGUGAAAGAUUAUUAUAAUAUAGUCAAGAGACCGAUGGACUUAGAAACAAUAUCUAAAAAAGUUUCUGCACAUAAAUAUCACAACCGUCAUGAUUUUCUCAAAGAUAUCGAGCAGAUCUUGGAGAAUUGCAUACUUUACAACGGAAAAGAUUCUUCGUUCACGAAUAAAGCGGAAUUGUUGGUUAAAGUGUGCAAAGAAACACUAGAAGAGUACGAUGAACAUUUAACGCAUCUGGAAAAUAAUAUACUACUUGUGCAAAAGCGAGCAAUGGAGCAAGCAGAUAUAGAUCCUUCGUGGCUUGGCCCAGACGAUGAAGUUGUAGGAGAAUCCAGAGACAGUCUGACCAGUUCAAAUCUAUUCGACAAAUCGCACAUGGACGAAUUCGAUUUCGUAGACGUAGAUGGUGACAUGGAGACGGAAGUUGAUAGAAUUUCGAAGAAGAAAGACAUGCUUGAGGAAGAUUUACAAUUCUCCAGUGAGGAUGAGUUCGAUGAGGUACCGUUCGGCGCAGAGGAACAUUCCGAACAUACCGAAAUGGAGACACUGGAGUUAAGCGAGGUCAGGGAAGAAGGAGUUGUGCUAGCAGACGACGAUAGUCAACAAGCUGCCGAAGCAAUGGUUCAAUUAGGUAAUGUUGGUUUUUACGUGGGCGAACAACAAUUACUUCAGCAAGAUGAAAGUAUGGAUGUUGAUCCCAAUUACGACCCGUCGGACUUUCUGUUGGCCGGUUUGCCAGCUAGAGAAGAUAAGAGCGAGAAUAAGAUUCAAGACGAUCUGGCUGUUUCCGAGAGCGAUGACGACGCUGAGAGCAGUAACAAUUUACAAUCUAAGCAAGAAACUCAGCAGAACCAACAGCAGCAACAAUUAUCACAACCAGAUGAAGAUGUUGCCGGCGAUUUGUGGUUUUAAGCACAUUUAAUUGUGUUAUUAAAGCAACAUAGAGACAUUCACUCUUAACAUCAAGUACGUGAUUAAAGGAAGCACAGGUCAAUAAGGUAUUCUACAAAGUAUCGAUGAAGGACUAUAAUUCUUUGUACAUUGUGUACAUAUGAUAUACACACAUACAGUGAUAUGUAAAUAUAGAAUAAAAUAUAUUGUAUCUUUUUAGCUCAGCGGCAAUUUUGCACAACCACGUAGUGUGCAUGCAUAUGUUAUUGCAAUAUGUUUAUACGUAAAAUAAUUACAUUUACUAUAAACGACAUAUCGCAUACCGUACACAUAUGCUUACAAAUGGGUUAUUUAACGCGUUAGUACGUUAAAGUUAAUCGUUGAGUUAAAAUAAUGUUAUUUAUGAAGGUGAUAGAACAGCUGAUAGAAUCAAACAUGAAUAUUUUAACGCAAUGAAGGUUACAAUUUCAUGUCUCUACUGUGAUCUAACAUUAAAGAAAAAAAAUUGAAAGUUAAUAACCUGCAGAAAGACA